CGGUCGCUCUCUUUCCUUUCGAGCUGUCAAAGCGCCGAAGACGUGUGUGCGUGUUAUUUUCAGCUGCAUUUGCUUAAAAAAGUGGAAUAACAUUAAUCAAAAGCAUGACUUCUCAUCCAGUUUUCAUAGACCUGUCCUUGGACGAGCAGGUGCAAGAGCUGCGCAAGUAUUUUAAGAAACUGGGAGCCGAGAUUUCAUCCGAAAAGUCUAACAAAGGAGUGGAGGAUGAUUUGCACAAGAUCAUCGGCGUCUGCGACGUUUGCUUUAAAGAUGGGGAGCCCUCGCAGAUUGACGGCAUUCUCAACAGCAUUGUGUCCAUCAUGAUCACUAUACCCCUGGAUCGCGGAGAAAAUAUUGUUCUGGCCUACUGUGAGAAGAUGACCAAGGCUCCCAAUCUUCCUCUGGGCAAGGUGUGCCUGCAGUCGCUGUGGCGUCUUUUCAACAACCUGGACACGGCUUCACCUUUGCGCUAUCAUGUGUACUACCACCUGGUCCAGGUGGCCAAGCAGUGCGAGCAGGUGCUGGAGGUUUUCACCGGCGUGGAUCAGCUUAGGUCCCAGUUUGCCAACUGCCCGCCCUCGUCGGAACAGAUGCAGAAAUUGUACCGCCUGCUGCACGACGUGACCAAGGAUACUAAUCUAGAGCUGUCAUCCAAGGUAAUGAUCGAGCUGUUGGGCACCUACACGGCGGACAAUGCCUGUGUGGCCCGCGAGGAUGCCAUGAAGUGCAUUGUGACCGCCUUAGCCGACCCCAAUACAUUCCUGCUGGAUCCUCUGCUAGCGCUGAAGCCUGUGCGGUUUUUGGAGGGCGACCUCAUCCACGACUUGCUGUCUAUCUUUGUGUCCGAGAAGCUUCCAGCGUAUGUGCAGUUUUACGAGGACCACAGAGAGUUUGUCAACUCACAAGGAUUGAACCAUGAGCAGAACAUGAAGAAAAUGCGUUUACUGACCUUCAUGCAACUGGCCGAGAGCAGCCCAGAGAUGACCUUUGAGACGCUCACUAAGGAGUUGCAGAUAAACGAGGACGAGGUGGAGCCUUUCGUCAUCGAGGUGCUCAAGACGAAGUUGGUGCGCGCCCGUCUCGAUCAGGCCAACCACAAGGUUCACAUCUCUUCCACAAUGCACCGUACUUUUGGAGCCCCGCAGUGGGAGCAACUGCGCGAUCUGCUGCAGGCCUGGAAGGAGAACCUUAGCACCGUGCGAGAGGGCCUUACAAAUGUCUCUUCGGCGCAAUUGGAUUUGGCGCGAUCCCAAAAGCUGAUACACUAGGCGCACUUACUCCUCGUUUCGGCAAAGUUGAUGAACAAAUGCUAGCCUCGGGGCAAUGGAAUUACGACCUAAAUUAUUUUCAAGAGUGUGUGGAUUGGUUCACUUGAAUAAAUUUAUAAGUAAAAACGA